UUUAUUUCAACUUGUCAUUGACAGCAUUGAUUGAAAAGGUCACCAUUGCAACUUUUAUCAUUUUAUCAUUUCAUCAACUUGCCUCCACAUCCUCCAUCUUCUAUUCAUUCAACUGCUGAGCACAAUCACUUGCUGGCAACUUAAGCCAUCAACUAACCGCAUUCAGAGACCAAUAAUAGUCAAAUUGCUUUGAUAGGAUUCUUUGUCUCAAAAUGGCACCUGCUGUCACCACAACGACGCCUGCAGCUGCUGCUGCAGUGUCAACGUCACCAAUUCAAUCCAAAUCUGUCAACAACGGUAAAAAACAAGCAUCUUUACCUUUGAUCGACUUGUAUUCCGGUUCAGAUGCUUCUUUUGCAAUCACUGAUGAAGCAUUGCGCAAGGAUAUCAUUGCAGGUUUACGUGGAGUUGAGACUUACAUCGUUCCUGGAAGUGUGACAAAUAAGGAAGAUCGUAAAUUCGCUUUUCGUCGUACACUUCCAACAACCAUUCUUUACAGUGAAAAAGGUUUAUUGCUUUAUGAUAAAUUGGUCGAAGCACCGGAAUAUUACCUUUGGAAUGCAGAAAGUGAUAUUUUGAGUCGUUAUGCCGAUGAGAUCGUUCAUCGUGCUUUUGGUCUCAACGCUCCUUCUCCAAAUAAAGAAGAACACAAAGAAGAAAAACAAGAUCAAUCCCAUCAAAAUGAAACUUUCCCACAUCAAAAUAACGGCAAAAGUGAUGCGAAAGAAAAAUGGGGUGACGAUCGUGUAGGCAUUCAUAACGGAGGCGUGAAUGGCGAAGAAGGCAUGGACGGUGAACGAGCCGUAGGUGUUGCAUCAAUGGUCGAAUUAGGAGCAGGUUCAUUACGCAAAACUGUCCAUCUGAUCCGUGCUUUGCAGAAUUUACCUCCUGCAGGCCGGACGGAUGGACCAAAUGUUGAAUAUUAUGCAUUAGAUUUGGAUAAAGCAGAAUUACAAAGAACAUUAGAAGAACUUCAUCAACAAGAAGCAAAACAAAUUGAUGCAGAAAAAUGGAGCGUUAUGAACGGCAAAGUUGGCAUCAAUGGAAUGUGGGCAACGUAUGAUCAAGGUUUGGAUUUCAUCGGUAAAGGAGGUUUAGGUCGUUAUAAACAAGCCAAUGAUAAUGAAGGCAAACGAUGCCUCUUAUGGCUCGGUUCGAGUAUCGGAAACUUUGAUCGAAGAGGUGCUGCAGAAUUCCUUGAACGUGCUGCAAAGACCUCGUUGCGUUCAGGCGAUACGAUGUUGGUGUCAAUCGAUCGUCGUAAUGAACCUGAAGCCGUAGCAAAGGCAUAUAAUGAUGCAGCAGGCUUGACCCGCGAUUUCAUCAUCCAAGGUUUGCAUCAUGCCGACAAGAUCUUGGGCGGCGGCGUUCUCGAUCCUUCCAAAUUUGAGUAUUACGAUCGUUAUAAUGCCGUUGAAGGUCGACAUGAAUCUUAUUAUCGUGCUUUGGAAACAGUCACGCUUCACAUCCCCGGCGAAAAUGAACCAAUUGAAAUCGAACAAGGCGAAUUAAUUCACACUGAAAGCUCAUACAAGUAUAACGAACGUGAAGCUUUGGAUAUCUUUGAUUAUGCUGGCUUGCGUAUCAUUAAUCGUUGGUCUGAUUCAAAAGACCGUUAUGAUAUUUAUCUUGUAGAAAGACCCGCCUUUCACUUUACAAGUACUCGCUUGAUGACCGGAUCUCGCAAGGAUAUCGAUCAAGGCUUAAGUGCUGCCGAAGCGCAUGGUAUUCGCGGCAGUUGGGAGUUUGACUCUGAUGCAGGUGCAGGUAGCAAUGGAAUCAAAGAACCUUUUGUACAUGCAACUUGGGGUAUGCCAUCCCUCAAAGAAUGGGAUGAUCUCUGGGCAGCUUGGGACACGGUUACAUUAACAAUGAUUCCAGAAUCAAUGUUGCACGAAAAGCCGAUCGAUUUACGUCAUAUUUGCUUGUUCUAUUUGGGACACAUUCCUGCUUUCCUUGAUAUUCUCAUCUCUCGCACUCUCCAAGAGCCUCAUACAAAUCAGCGUUUCUCUGAUAUCUUUGAACGUGGAAUCGAUCCACAUAUGGACGACGAAACACAAUGCAAUCCUCACAGUGUCGUUCCUACACAAAAAGAAGAUUGGCCAGAAUUGCAAGAAUUGAACGAAUACAAAGGCAAAGUGGCAGAUCGAGUCAAGAAUCUGUAUGCAGACUUUGCUUCCGGUAAACGUCAAUUGAACCGUCGUCUUGCUCGUCUUUUCUGGCUCACGUUAGAGCACAAAGCAUUGCAUUUGGAAACAUUGUUGUACAUGCUUCUUCAAAGCCCUAACACGCAACCACCAAAAGGAUUCAUUGCUCCUGAUUGGGAAUUACUCGCACGUCAUUGGGAUGAAGCAGAUCUUCGUCAAGAUGGCGAAAAGGCACGUGAACGUUUGCUCAACUUCAAGCCUGACACAGUUGUUUUGGGUCACGAUGAUGACGAUACGUUGGAUUUCGAUUAUGUUGCCAACCGUCCAAGUGAUGAUACAACAGAUUUGAAUGCGCAAUUGGGUGAUCCUGAAUUUGGUUGGGAUAACGAAAAUCCACGCCGUGAAGUCAAGACGGGUGCGUUUAGUAUCAUGGCUGCACCGAUCAACAACGAGCAAUAUCUUCGUUUCUUAAAAGAGACAAAGAGUGACGAUUAUCCAAGUUCAUGGAUUGUGGAAGGAGAUGAUACGGCUAAACUUCAAGUACGUACCUUUUACGGUCCUGUUGCUUUGCAUGUUGCUCGUUUGUGGCCUUGUCAAGCAUCUGGAACGCAAUUGGAAAAUUAUGCGAAAUGGAAAGGAGGUAGAUUGCCUACUCAAGCUGAAUUACGUCGGUUCCUUGACGCAAACGAUGGUCCAAAUGUGACCGACCGCCCAGGCAGUAAUGUUGGUUUCCGUAACUGGCAUCCGAUCCCGCCACAAUUACCGCGACCGGAUCAUGAUGGAACACCGUUAGCCGGCCAUAACGGAGGUGUUUGGGAAUGGACAAGUUCAACGUUGGAAAAGUAUGAAGGAUAUAAACAAAGUAUUUUAUAUCCUGGUUAUUCUUCUGAUUUCUUUGACGGUAAACAUUAUGUUGUUUUAGGAGGUAGUUAUGUUACCACGCCUUCUAUUGCCGGUCGUCGUACGGUAAGCAAUUGGUAUCAGAAACCUUAUCCUUUUGUAUUUGCAGGUGGAAGAGUUGUUUAUGAUAACAAGACUACUGCCAAACGUGCUCGAACGCCUUCACCACAUUUAGCACCUUUGAAUUAGGUUAUCUCUAUUAGCUAUCUAUUUCUUAGUCUUUUAUACUGUAUAUGUACUUUUCUGUCUAUUCUUGCCUCUCCUCAGAACAAGAAAAAAAACCAAUGAAUCCUGUUUAUAACCCCACUUCACG